AUGAAAGUGCAGUCAGUGACCCUGGUUGCAUCUUCGAUAUCUGCAAUCACAUUAGCAGCAUGCCUUGUUGCGAUGUUUUCUAUAUACACAGAAGUCGCUAUGUUCUGGACUGAACUUGAACAAGAGAUCAGCAACUUUAAGGUGACCACAGACGACCUUUGGAAGGAUAUUAUGAGCAUAGGCUUGAGACGAAGAGUUCGACGUCAGCAUGAAACUCUUUACGGAGCUGUUAAAAGCAUGCCUCUACCUGAAUCAUUGGGAAAUGGUCCACCCUCAAUUCCAGACACUAAUCCUCCAUCUACACCUCCAUUCGCUCGUAAAACAGGAACGACCGAAGAUUCAGAGUGCAGCUGUAAUGCAGAAAGCAACUGUCCAGCUGGUCCACCAGGUCCAAAAGGAGUCCCAGGUGCACCUGGUCCCGAGGGAUUACCCGGACUUGAUGGAAAGCCAGGAGUUGAUGCAGAAGACAUAGUUCCUCAGCGAGACACAGCCGGGUGUUUCUAUUGUCCGAUGGGACCACCUGGACCACCCGGAGCACUUGGCCGCCCUGGACCUCGAGGAUUACCUGGACCGAAGGGACACGAUGGAAGUCCAGGCAGAGAUGGACUCCCGGGAAACCCUGGAGAACAGGGACCUCCAGGACCAGUAGGGAAGAUAGGUGAAUCUGGACCACCAGGAGAGAAAGGUCGCGACGCAGAGCAUCCUAUCGGUCGCCCCGGACCAAAAGGUCCUCAAGGUGAUGCUGGUCCUCCAGGGCCACCAGGCCUCAGCGGACUCAAUGGACCUCCUGGGGAGCCAGGGCCUGUUGGACCUCCUGGACCUAUGGGAGAACCAGGACCGCAAGGUCCAGAGGGAGAAAAAGGCGAGGAAGGUGAUGAAGGAAGGCCUGGGAAAGAUGCGGAAUACUGUCCGUGUCCUGACCGUGCGGCAGCAUCUGGUACGCCCCUUGACCAAGGCUACAAAUCGAUUUGA